AUGUCUUUGAAGCAGGUAGAUGAAGAAGGCACCCCAAAAGAAGAAGCAGUUAAAGAGACCGACAAAAUAUUUGCAGAAGAUAUGAUUGACCAGGAGCUUGCUCCUGAUGGGUUUGAUUCAGUUGAUGGCAAUGAUGCUAUUUGUACCGGGUCACAGUCUCAGCCACAUCCACUGUCUCAUAUACAGUCUCUGUCUCAUUCACAACCUCAGCUGCAUACAAAGGCACGGAAGUCACCAUACCCUGCCUCAGGUGUGGCCCGAUUUCCUGUGCCUGAUUGCUUUGUUCAUUGGGAGGUGGAUUUUCCAGAAUACAAUCCACCAGAUUACACUUCUGUGAUGCUAAAGCUGUCUACCUCAAUUGACAAAGAUGACACAAGUGAUAUAAACUUCAAUACAUUGGAUAACGGUGUGGACAGGAAAAGUUUCUUUGGGCUGUAUGAAGUGAAUGAUGAAAGGCCAAGGUGGAAAAGAGGUCUGAAAGGAGAAAUAUUUACCAGAGGGAAAUCAUCAUUGGAAUUUUUGGGUCUGAAAAAGAAUGAUGUGGUAAUUUUCCCUGGGGAAAUCAAUAAAGCUUCUGCAAAAGUCCCUGAAAUAGUUCUUAAAGCCUUGGCAACAAGAAAAAAACAGAAUGUGGAUCAGCAGCCUUGGGAGAUGUUUUCAGAUACAGCUGAAAUUUCAAUAUACUUUGAUGAUACAAGAAAUACUGACAAUGCUUGGCUUGAAACAAAAGUUAUCAACUAUCAUUUUGAUUUUGAGAUGGACACUGAUUUCAAAUUAGAGAAUUCAAAUUUAUUCUGGAUUGAAUUGGACAGUGAAGUGUCAGUGACGGCAGAGCACAAUGAGUGUUUAGCCAAAGUAGCAGAAAAAAGAGGAGCACAUUUCUAA